UCUUGGACAAGAUGCAUCAUUAGUCAUGUGAUGAUUAAAUCCAACAGAGUUGUUUGGUAACUUUCCAUGCAUAAUCAACCAAACAAAAAAUCUGAUAUUUUCAGCAACCUGUAACUUCCAAAUCCACAACCAAUUGGAAUCAUUAAGGCACCAAUUGUCAUCUAUGUUCAACAACCACCUGUAAGCACUUUUGGUUGAGUAAGUACCUGAAAUAUCAGGUUCCCAAAUAAGGAGGUCAGCAGAAGUAUUAUUCAAAAUAAUGCUUUGCAUUUCAAAUCUUAUGUCUGAAGGGAUUUGAGUAGCUAAAAGAUUGAAAUUCCAAGUGCCAGAUUGAACCACAUCACAAAUCUGGAGAUUAGUAUCACUUAUAUGUACAAAGGGAAGUCUAUUACAUAACUUACCUUUAUGCGUGCAGCCACUUCUCAUACCACAAUGAUACGUUACCACAACCAACUUUAGUAAUAAACCUGCUGUUGAGAAUCAUAGCCUCCUUCUUUAUAGAUUUCCAAGUGAAAGAUGUUGCUUUGUACUCAGUCAUAAAAAACGUGAGAAUUUUGAAGAUAUUUGUCUGAUAGUACCCAAACCCAUUAACUUAUCUGGAUGAUGAAGAAGCUCCUAAACAUGUUUUCCUGACAUAGAAGUAUCGAUGUAGCGGGCCCGUCGUAUCCCAAGGCCUCCUUGAUUCUUAGGUUGAGCAAUAAUGUUCCACUUUACCCAAUGACAACCUUUCAACCCGUCCAUUAAUGUCGACCGUCGAUCAAUUCUGUUGUUUUGUGGAUAAUAUCAUGCUGUCUCCUCUUUCAACCAAACAACCCCUCAAAAAGUUUAGUCUCUUUUUAACAGUAGAAACAGAAUCAUCACUCUUCAACUUCAACGCAUGGGUAGAAGCUGCAACACGGCGUGGCGUUGAAGAACUUCGUAUCUAUCUUUCUAGGCGCACUUUUAAACCGACUAUUUUCAUCUCUCAAACACUUGUUGUUGUCAAACUUCAUAGUUUACGAAUUGGAACUGAUACUUCGUCUGUUCAUCUUCCAUCACUAAAAACCCUACAUUUAAGUUGUGUUAAUUUUACAAAUCAGAAUGAUUUCAUCAACUUUCUUUCUGCUUGUCCUAACGUAGAUGAUUUUAAGGUUGUUGGACCUAUCUUUCAUAUGUUGGUAAAAGCGAGUAGCGGUCCAAUUUUUGCUAAGUUGGUAAAAGCGAGUAUCGGUCCAAUUUAUGCUAAGUUUAUUAAGUUGAUUGAAGCGACAACUGCUGCUAUGUUUAAUGGUAUUCGUAAUGUCCAGUUUCUACGCGUAGGCAUAGUGACAGAGGCCUCUUUCAAAGUCAUUCCGGUGUUUUCAAACUUAAUUCAUAUUGAAAUAGUGUUUUAUUCUCAUCGCCCAUCUCAUUGGGAUGAUGUAGUAGACGUUCUCCAACAUUGUCCCAAGCUUAAAAUUCUUUUUAUUAAGGUUUGUUGUAUAGUACCUUUUAUUUUUGGUUACAUCGGAGCCAAUGGGGUUUGAACUUAUAUGACCUUAGACAUACAGUUCAAACGCCUCACCACUAGACUCAACCUAGUGGCUUUGUAUGUUUUUUUUUUUUUUUAAGCAAGUGGCUUUGUAUGUUGAGUUGUAGUAUCUUUGCUUUUUUGCUGCUUGU